AUGGCAGAAACCAUCGGAGCCGCCACUGCAGAAUGGACCGGGGAUGCUGUGGAAGAUCGUCAGCAGGAGGAGACGGCUGAGAAGAUGCGUCAACAGCGGCAGCAACAGCUUCUAGCCAAGUGGGUGUCAGAGCAAAAGGUGGUCCGCCCGGAGCUUGUCCGAUCCAUCUACGCAUGUCAGGCACUGGACUUCGUGGGCAGUGCAUUUCGGGGUGGCAGCGUGCGGAAGCUUGUCAGGUUGCACCAGAAAAGCAAGGCCACUAAACGCAUUGAUGAAUUUUGGUCACAUUCCUGGCAGAAAAGACCGUACCAGAAGGUUUUGUGCUUGCUUUUCCUGAAGAAUGGUGUCGCAGCAAGUCUAACUGGCACACUGGCUGCCUCCAUGGUCUGCAUUUUCAUGCGUUAUGGCUUUCUACUCGUUCGCCUCAGCGAUGACAUCAACAGAAGAGGCGAACAUCUUGGCAUGCUUUUCCUCUGCACCGUGACUGGCACCCUCGUCGCAGUCUUGACGCUGUUCAUGUGGCGCUCCAGUACCAAAGUCUUUCUGGACGUUUGCUGCAUUGACCAGGUGAAUGUUAAAAACAAGCAAGAAGGAAUCCUGAGCUUGGGCGGCAUUUUGAACAGCUGCAAGACCUUGUUGAUCCUCUGGGACGAAACGUACAUUGAGAGGCUUUGGUGUGUGUUUGAGAUUGCCGCUUUUGCGCACCGAAGCGGUAAACCCCGCACGGCUAUCAAGCCAACCCUUCUGGGCAAGGCUGCCCUGGCUACUUAUGCUGGAAGCUCGGCCCUGUCAUUGCUUGUGCUUGAAAUGAUGCAUGUGAAGUACCGGCACGUCAUGUCCUACGUGCUGUCUGGCUCGUUUUUUGUAACUUGGUACCUGGGCGUCGCUUCCUUCCGAUCAUACCACUACUCGAUCGAGAUCUUGCGCAGGCAGCUGCAGAAUUUUCGUUUAGCAGACACAAAAUGCAACUGCUGUAUGCUGGGCCAUGUUGGUAGUGACGGCAGGGUCUUGCCUUGUGAUCGUGAGAUUGUGGAGAGCUGCAUUUGCAACUGGUUUGGCAGCGUGGAACAGUUUGAGCUCUUCAUUGUGCCCCUGCUUCGCAGCACCUUUGACAACGAACUCGGGCAGCAUACUUUCCCCUACAUCUACUUCCUGGUGGUGUUCUGUCCAGUCUUCUGGACAGGCAUGGAUUUGAGUGCGGGCCACCGCUGGGGUAGCUGGUGGGCGUUUCAAUUCACAGGCUACUGGCUGGGUGUCAUGCCUGCAACCGCGAAAUUGGGCCUCUACCUCUCCAGCUACUUCUGCAGGCCAAGACGAUACAAGGUGUGCGACAUGCUGCUGAAUCUUGUAAUUGUCCUGGUGAUGAACCUUUGCUUCUUGGCGGCCCUCCAGGCUGCGACUGUGUUGAAUCCCAAAGGCCGCUGGAUGAAUCAGUACACCAAGGACAUGAAUCUCCGAGGAUUCUUGCUCUUCGUGGCCUACUGCAUUCCUUCUGUCGUGAUGUUCGGCAUGCCAGCAGCGUUUCGUUUUGUGCGCUCGCGCCUUGCCGGGAUGGAGCGGAACUCCGUCUAG